AUGGCUUCAUUCGCGCGUUCGUCGCUGCUCCGGCAGUCCCUUGCGACCCGGUCGCCCUUCAUGCGCCAGAACAUUGGCGUGUCGCAGGCCGUGGCUUUCCACGCCUCCGCCCGCAAGCAGAUCCUGCCUCCUCUGCCCCAGUCCAUUGAGGGAACCAUGAACGACCCCGUCCCGGUCCCCUCCCCCAGCCCUAUGCACGGCAGCUACCACUGGACUUUCGAGCGCGCCGUCUGCGUUGGUCUGAUCCCCCUCAGCAUCGCUCCCUUCGCCGCCGGUUCCCUCAACCCCGUCAUGGACGCCGUUCUCUGCACCCUCUUGGUCGCCCACUCCCACAUCGGAUUCGAGGCCGCCAUUGUCGACUACUUCCGUCCCCAGCGUGUGCCUAAGUUCUACUCUCUCUGCCAGUGGCUUCUGCGCGCCUUCACCCUGACCACCGCGGUCGGUUUGUACGAGUUUGAGACCAACGAUGUUGGUGUUACUGAGGCUCUGCGUCGCAUCUGGAACGCAUAG